GUGAAGGAUUACUCGCACUUUAUCCUUCAUCUCGAAAGUCGACAGAUCAGCGAGGCAGUCAAUGUUUCAGGAGCAACAUCAAUAAAACAGGCUGGGGUUUUGAACGACAAACGCCAUGUGAUAACGAAGGAUUCAGAUGAUUGCAUAGGGUUAUACGACGUCUUAGCAGGAAGGAAGGUAAUGUUUUCCCAGGUAGCUGAUUUUGGUAAGAGACCGUUCGAGGACGUGGUACUGGAACACAAUAGGAAGGUAUUCGUACCGAGCUGGUUCUCUGUUGAUUACAAAAGCGGGAUGCUACAGAUAACGCUUGAAGAAGGAGACGUGUUCUCGGCUUGGUUAUCUGCGAAGGACGCUGGCGUGGAGGAUUCAGAUAACAAAAUCAACUAUGGUGGAAUGAUGCUUCGGUCACUGUUCGAGCAUUACCAGAACUGCGAUAUGGGUGCAGAAGGAUCCGAAACAGCGCUGGCGACGGCUGGCUAUAUUUCAAUUCCGGGUCACACUCCCAUCAUUCUAUCGUUAGUGGAUUCUUCCUUUUUCACAGUCGAGCGGAAGUUGCUAAAUAUGAGAUUAAGGGAAGUCAACGGACGCACAGUUCUACGACUGCUAGUACGUGAUGCUGCUAAUGAGGCGGAAUCGGCUUGCUUAGCCAAGGAUUUGCCGGAAUGGAUUACCGCAGUUGUUGAAAGAAGCAUGCUUCCGAAAUUCACAAAGAUGCCUUUUUAUUUGCUGCCACAUGCUAGCUUGAAUGUGAAGACGCCAAAAAAAGAUCGCCUUUCUGCCACUGAGAUGUUGCAAGUUCGUAAAGUAAUGGAACAUGUGUAUGAGAAGAUAUUGAAUAGUCCAGAAUCAGCAAUGGGCGAGACACCUAUGCCCGUUCAGAUUCCGACCAAUAUUGAGCAAAAGAUGGAGCUUUACUGUAACGAUCAAGUAGGUUUUUUUUACAUAGCCGGAAGAAUAUUUUUCUGA